AUGACAGGAGUGCGUGGCAAGAAAGACGGCUCCAAAGGUGAUAAUGCAUAUGAUGAUUUGGAAGCCGAAGAGAAGAGGUAUUACCGACGGAAGAGAUUGCUAACAGUGAAAAGUGUUUUAUCUGCAAGUCUGGGAGCAGCUAUGACAUAUGGUGUCUACCUAGGACUCCUUGAGAUGCAACUGAUUUUACAUUAUGAUGAAACCUACAGAGAAGUGAAAUAUGGUAACAUGGGAUUGCAGGAUAUUGAUAACAAGAUGCUGAUGGGUAUUAAUGUCACCCCAAUUGCUGCCCUGCUAUAUACUCCUGUUCUUAUCAGGUACUUUGGUACAAAAUGGAUGCUGUUCCUCUCCUCUGGGAUCUAUGCUUUGUUUGUCUCCACCAACUACUGGGAAAGAUACUACACACUUGUCCCUUCUGCUACAGUCAUUGGAGCCAUGAUUGUCCCCUUCUGGGCAUCAAUAGGCAACUACAUUACCAGGAUGGCUCAAAGAUAUUAUGAAUUUGCAAAUUAUAAAGAGGAGAACAUGCGAGAACAGCGCAAGCUGCCACGAGGAGCCAGCCACAAGUAUAUCAUCAUAUUUCAGAGCAUUUUCUUUUCUGUCUUCCAUCUGUGCUUUAUUUUAUCCCAGUUCCCAGUUUACUUCUUCCUUGGUAGAUUCUUAUAUGGGUAUAACCACACAUUAUGUGAUGUCAAGCAGUGUGGUGCAUCCAUCCCACAUGGACUUCUUCCAGGGUUUAAUGUGACUGUCCUACAUUCUCUGCCUUCCAGUGUGAAUCUUAUCUAUAUGGAAAGUGUGCUCAUGUUGGUUGCCCUGUCAUCUAUGCUACUGAUCUUGAUCCUCUGUGGUUCAGCAUAUCGGCCAACUGAAGAGAUUGACCUCCGAAGUAUCGGCUGGGGUAACAUUUUCCAGUUACCCUUCAAGCAUGCCAGGGACUAUCGCCUGCGCUGUUUGAGUCCUUACUUCCUUUACACUGGAUUUGAGGUUCUGUUUGCCUGCACUGGGUUUGCUUUGGGUUAUGGGGUAUGCUCAAUUGGGCUGGAGAAUCUUCCAUAUAUCCUAACAGCUUAUGGUCUUUCAGCCUGCGUCUUCUCUUCUUUUGCACUUUUGUUUCUUCGCCUUCCUCGACAAAUCCCAUUGUUAGUUGGACCAUUACUCCAUUCCUGUCUCCUGAUUGGACUGUUUUUCUGGAGUCCAACUCCCAAGGAUCAGUCACAGAGUCCUGUGCUGUAUUUGGUGGCUGUCCUGUGGGGUAUGGGCAGUGCUAUGAACAAGACCAGUGUCAGCAUUUUAAUAGGGAUGUUUUAUGAGGAUAAAGGACGUCAAGACUUUGUGUUCACUAUCUACCACUGGCUCCAAGCACUCGCUAUAUUUAUUGUAUAUCUCUGGUCUGGACUACCCAUGAAGGCAAAACUGGGAUUAGUACUGGCCUCUGCCUUGAUAUCGGUUCUCUCAUACCUAUGGAUGGAGCAUAAGAUUAGCCUAAAGGUACAACCUCGAAUCCCUAAGAUUCCUUCCCCACGUCACAAAGUAAAAGGCUACCGUUACCUGGAAGAAGAGAAUUCUGAUGAGUCUGACUCUGAAGAGGAGGGAAAUAACAGUGACAUAGCCGGGGGCGAAAUAUCAGCAAGUGAAGAAGACUACAGAGAGCAGCAACUUCAGAGGAGGAGAACACACAAAAAGAGCAGCUGUUAUGAGCAAGCUGUGGAGGAAUAAUUUAGGCCAAUGUUGUCACACAGUUUAUACAUUGACCUUGCCAUCAAAUUAAUGCAUUCCCAAUUUAUUAUAUUCUUCUAUGAUGUGGCCUUUACAGUACAGGUUUCUAGAACAACUCA